AUGGAAGCCCGCAAAGGAGCGGAUGCCUGCAAAGAAGCAGAUGCCCCUGAAAGCGAAAGGGAAGACUCACCCAAGGACACUCAAGAAGCAACUCACACAGCGCUUGGAGGCUCAGCUUCUCCUGAUGCAGCACAAAGUGAGCCGUGUGCCCUCAAAUCUCCCAAAACGCCCACUGGAAGGGAUACGGGCUUGGGUUUAGAGUUUGACCAAAGUGGGGCCACGAUCUUUGUGACGGCUCGUACUAGUCGAGUACUAGAGGACAGGAGUGAGGACAAGGAAUCGGCUGGGUUGGAACCCCAAUAUAUAGUAUUGAACAAAUCACCUAGUAACAACAGGGCAAUGGAACAGUCCCACGUAAGACAGGAAACCGGUGAAACUCAACGAGUAAGCUGGUUUGACAAAAUGAGAAAGGCAGACGUUGCACUGGAAACGGGAAGGGACUUACCUGAGCUCAAUAUUGAGUGGUACCGGGACCACUGGUCAAGGUCAGACUACCUUUUGGUAUCAGAGACAGAACAAACUAGCAAGUAUAGAAACGCCUCCAAAGGGGAAAACGUAAGAGUCAGCGCAAUAAUCUGUGAGGUGAAUGACGACUACGUACUGGACAAUGAGGAAUACAAAGCAACCGUACUCAAGCUACAAGCCCUGGAACGUGCACAAAUGUUUGCGGAAUCACAAGUCCCAAGCCAGACAUCAGGAGCAGGACCGUCCGGAUCCCAACAAUCCCCGAGAGUGACCGUAGAGGAAAUAGUUGACAAAGACGCACCUAGAUAUGUUGUAAUAUCGUCAGACAAGGAGGAAAGUGAUGUACUAGAUGUCUUGAGGAAGGGUAAGGGCAAAGAACCCACCAGAAAAACCCGCCCCAGAUGCAGCUUGGGGGUAGCAAUUGAUGAAAUUGAACCGGUUAAAUCAGAUAUCAAUGAGUCUGAACGCCGCCAGUCAUCAAGAAUUACAAGCGUUCACCAAUCAGAGUACGUACCAGACGGGUUUAGGAGCGGCGGGUAUAUUGAAUCCAGAUAUGGCAAGGAUCUGGAGCCCCCAAGUGAACGAGACAAGAGCUUGCAGGACCAAGAGGAACCAUUGAACAACGCCCCCAGACAACUCCGACGGGUCCAAUGGAUUGCCAACGUGGACAACAACAAAAUCAGAAAGCUGUUGAAAAGGUUAAUCAAUGAAAACAAAAAGUUGAAGAAGAAAACCAACAAGCAAGCUCAAUUGGGCUACAAAGCCCAAGCUCCAAAGACUUACAAAGGUGAAGAACCAAAUUUAGAAGAGUACAAACAGUUUGUGUUUGACUAUGAUAACGGGGUAUACGAGACUGGAAUCUCUAGGGAGACCGCCGUUCAAAACGUUAGGAGGGUACAAUAUGAAGUCAAGGAUGUGUACAAGCUAAUGUACAAGUACUGCUUCCCGCCUGAUUUCAAAGAAACGCUACGGAAGAGGUAUGAGUCCAUUGGGCAAGGAGCAAGAUGCGUACAAGAUUUCUUUGCCAACCUUGAGCUAUACAGGACCCAACUGAGUGAUAUCAUGGGCCUACAACAUGUCCAGAGGGCGUGGGACGGUGCGGCUAGACACAUCCGGGCGGAAUGGGCAAUGAAGGGAUAUUGCGCCAACAAUGCUACCUUUGAUCAGCUCAAAGCAGCCGCGCUAGAUAUCAAAAGGCCCUAUAACGUGAGUAGAAACCAAGUCAAUGAACACGUAAAGCAAGACAGCCACAAAGGAGAACAAUUGCGUAGCCUGGAUUGCAAACAAAACCGCAAAGACAAACAAUCACAACAAAACCCCCAAUCAAACACCCACCACCAGAACAAAAGCUCACGGGAACGAGAACGCUCAAGCAACUGGAAGAAAUCCAAGCUACCGAUCAACAGCCAACAGACAGGAAACUCAAGAAGCAAUCUCACCAACAAACAGAAGGAGAGGUAUAGGGCUGAAGAUCAGUGCUACCUCUGCCACAAAGUAGGACACAUGGCCCGUAACUGUACCAAGGCAAACUCUGCCAAACCUACCAGACUAAGAGCAAAUGCGGCCACCCUGGGAACGGAUUCCAAAGUCAGAGCGUUGUCUGUGAUAGUCAAGGAAAUCAACCAACUCUAUCAGACAAAGGAUACGCUGGGAAUAUCAUCAGUAAAGGUAGAUGACAAACCAGUACAAUUAAAUGCUGCCAAAACAAAGUCUGAAACAGUUGGGUUUAUUGAAAGAAACGCGGUUCAAGUAAAAGACAACACUCAACUGGUUCCCCAAACUAUAGUAGUGCGUGCUAAGUUAAACGGCAAAACAAUUCAAGCUCUCCUUGACUUGGGGAGUCAGGCAGAUAUACUAUCAACAACAAUAGUGGAUCAGUUACAUAUUACCAGAGUGACACUGACCAAACCACUACAACUUCAGUUAGCUAUUUUGGGCUUGAAGAGCACAGUGAAUUACGGAGCUAGCGCUCGACUUCAAUACCAGGGAAUCAACAAAGAGAGAGAUUUCAAUGUUGGCAACCUGGAUGGAUAUGACGCCAUAUUGGGCACACCUUGGCUAUACCAACACUGCGUCAGCCGUAUCAACGGAUGCAAUAGAAGGAAGAAUGGAAGAACUACAAUCAGCGUUGAGAAACUAAUGCUCAGACUUGUGCCCACCGUCUGUAGCAAGUACACCCUUACCACCGUUUUACCAUCAAAGUGUGCCAAGAAACUUAGACCCCUAUUUGACAAAAAGGCUAGAGAAUACUUACAAACGGGAAGGUGGGAACUCACCACAGGGAGCAAUGCGGUCCCCAUGCUCAUAUUAACAAAGAAGAGCAGUGACGGCUUGGUGGCCAUACAAACUGUACUAGACAAACGUGAGCAAAACAACAAUACGGUGAAGCUAGCGUUGCCCCUACCUCCACCCAAGGACGUAUUACUGAAUGUCAGCCAAAAGAAAUUCCGUUCUGUGAUUGACGGCAAAGACGCGUACAAACAAAUUAGAGUAGUGCCGGAGGACGUACCAAAAACCUUGUUCCACACCCCACUGGGAACAAUGGUCAGCAUGGUCAUGCAGCAAGGAGACUGUAAUGUGGGCGCCACCUACCAAAGCCUAAUGAACCACCUAUUCCAAUUGUAUAUUGGUGUGUUCAUUCCAAAGAAGAUGCAGUUCUUUGCGCAAGAACUCAUACUACUUGGGUAUGUGAUAGACAAAAAGGGCAUCAGGAUGGACCCCCAUAAAGUUGACAGCAUUGAGAAAUGGAAGACUCCUACCACAAAAGACCAAGUGGCCAGCUACAUAGGUGCACUGGGCUAUCUUGCGCCCAAUUGCAAGGGCUUGAAACAACCAAUGGCCAUUCUAUCCAAAUGCUCUAGUGGUAAGGGACUGUUCAGGUGGGAUGGGACGGAGGAGAGAGCCUUCCGCAAAACCCAACAAAUUGUACGCAAACAUUGA